CUUUCGCGUUGUACUUCUUUAGUUCCCUAACGAACCGAUUCCAAAACGGACGCGUCAACCGCGCGCUGUGAGUGUUUACGAGAUUGAAACUGAACAAGAAGCGAACCCGGUGAUCAACCAAAAUAAGCGUCAACUUCAUAUACGUAAAGUGUUCAGGAGACGUCGGUGACUAAGUUUUGUUUUGGCCCGAGUAGGUUGCAUCUUAAUAUGGUCACUAGUGUAGAAGCGAGUGUGUGCAAAUAGAAACGUUUCCCGGAAUAUUCUUGGAACUUCCAGCGUACGAGUGAAUUACGAAGCUGACCUAGAAUCCACCUUGGGAAAACAUAUCUCGCAGACAACAAUAAUUAAACGUGAUUGAAGAAAAAUAAAACAUGAGUAAAUACACGAUAAUUGCGCUUUUCACCGUGGUACUCGCGGUAGCGCAGCUGGCUGACGCUGCUAAAGACACCAAGGACAUGCACAUUAAGUACAAGGAAAAGGAUCUAAUGCGGAAAUCUAUAGUUUACGACAAAAAUACGCCCGAUGUGUUUUAUUGCCCUACUAAUAAGCCGACUGGAAUGGAUAAGAUGAUCGUUAGAUCUCGACCCCUACACAAAUUAUGUGAAUUCGAAGGUAAACCCUUACCCGAGGACUACAAAUCCGAUUGUUACAAGGAUAUGGACGAGAGUGAUUACGCGUGCAAGGAAAAAUACAGAAUUAUGAUGCGCCGGAACCCUCCAGGCAGUGAUGCUCCGUUCAACGGAUCCCGUUUGAGCCGCUUCAUUGACAUGGAUGAAGAUAUGAAAAGGAUUAAAGCUAAGCGCCAUAGUAAGCCACAGUAGCAAGGAAAUCCGGACAAGCUAUUUAUGACAAUUUUCACGAGAAAGUGUGUAAAUAAUUUGAUGCCAUAACAAGAAACGCUGACAAGUCUAACACUUGCACUUUAGAAGACUCUUUAGUAACUAUGUUUGUGAUUUUGUGAUUGUUUUUUUUUUAUUUCUGUUGCGAAUGUUGCGUGAAUUUUGUUGGAAUUGUUAAUUCGUUGAUUAUUCUUCGAAUGAUUCGUUGAUUAUGCUGUCAAAUCUAACUGAUAAUGUUUGUACUCUUUACUUGUUCUAAACCUCGGAAAUAAAAAUGAUUGUCAUUACAUAAUAAC